AUGCCUCUUGCUAAGCACCCAGAUUUGGAAAUUUUGAAAUUUGUAGCCAACAUUGAAGGCAAAGAACCAUUAGAAGUCAUUGUCAAAGGAGCUGAUAAGAUUGACAUCAAGAUUCCAGAAAAUUCUAAAUAUAGCAUGACUGUAUAUUUCCACGUCAAGAAUAGAACAUUGAAGAACUUGAAGUACAUCCAAGUGAUUAAGAAGGCUGGUUUGACUGUUAAGCAAAGAGAAUUGGACAUUGGUGAAGAAUUUGAACCUUCCGAAGAGAAGGUGUACUCCAAGUCUUUCCCAGAAGAUACGACUCCAGGUGGAUUCUUAUUCAGAGGUUUAUACCCAGCUACUUCUACUUACUAUGCAGGUGAGGAAGAAUUAAUGGUUGUCGACUGGCAAUUAGAAAUUACAAAGAAAUAA